AUACAUAUCUCGAUUUACGUCUAAAGUCUCUAAAAAGAAAAACGCAACCGCGUGCGAUUAAUUAUAACGAAGCGCCCGAAACGCGGUAGCUGAACGCGACGGUCGACGCGCGACCGUCGAUUAACAUUUCUCUAAAAGAAUGUGCUGCGAGAAACCGGAAAAAUUUAUGACGUCGUUCAGUUCUUCGGAUCUCCGUUUGUAAACAUAAGAAAAAAAAAUAGCACCGCGGCAACGUGUUGCAGACGUUCUUACGCGGCAGAAGCGGCUUAUUCUUGCAUUGGAUGACAAUCUGGUGUCCGUGCGGUAAUAAAUGUCUGAACUCGAAUCGAGCACGCCUCAUUCAGGAUCGUCAAACAUGUCUGAAACAAUACUGGAUAUCCCGGCGGACGUCGCGGAAGAGUCGGAUACCUGCCGCAUCGACAUGCAAGCGGCUGUUUUAACCGUUUCCGAAUCGUUGCAAACAAAUGCUAAACAAAUCCCGAUAAAUUAUGCUGAAUUAGUUCAGCAGUCGCGGGAUGCGUUCAACAGCGGAAAGACAAGGCCGUUAGAAUGGAGAAUCAAACAAUUAAAACAGCUUAUACGCAUGUUGUCGGAAACUUCGUCAGAAAUAACAGCAGCGCUGACAGCAGAUUUGCGUAGGUGCAAGUUCGAAACCUCCGUGCUGGAAGUUGAUUAUACAGUCCAAGAGAUUAAGUACAUGCUCAUGAAUAUUAAAGAAUGGUCAGCAACAGAGAAGCCGCCCAGAUCACUGGCGAACUUUUUCGAUAAUGUGGAAAUCCGGAAAGAUCCCUACGGAGUUGUAUUGAUCAUGGGCGCGUGGAAUUAUCCCGUUCAGCUGAAUGUACUACCUAUGAUGGGCGCUAUCGCAGCUGGAAAUUGCGUGAUUGUGAAGCCCUCCGAGAUCUCAGCGGCUACGGCGAAAUAUUUAUACGAGACCAUACCGAAAUAUCUGGACACGGAAUGUUGCCGUGUAAUAAUGGGGGGAGUCUCGGAAACGACAGAGCUACUCAAGCAACGUUUUGAUUAUAUUUUUUAUACUGGAUCUUCUACGAUUGGAAAAAUCGUGCGGAAAGCUGCCAAUGAGUUUCUCACACCUGUUACAUUGGAGUUGGGUGGAAAGAGUCCCGUGUACAUAGAUAAUACAGUGGAUAUGGCAAUGGCGGCAAAGCGCAUUUUAUGGGGUAAAUGCAUCAACGUUGGCCAGACUUGUAUUGCACCCGAUUAUAUGUUAUGUACACCCGAGGUACAAAGUAAAUUCAUAGAGGAGGCUAAAAAGGUUUUACAGGAAUGGUACGGCAACAAUCCACGAGAGGCUUCCGAUUUGGCGCGCAUUAUUACAGACAAACAUUAUCAGCGGCUUGUCAAUUAUUUAAAUGAUAAAAGCAAGAUUGCCAUUGGUGGUGACGUAAACCCCGCGGAAAAGUUUAUUUCGCCUACAAUACUUGUUGAUAUCAAACCAACGGAUCCCAUCAUGCAAGAUGAGAUAUUUGGACCGAUCUUGCCUAUAAUAAACGUUAACAAUGCAUACGAAGCAAUUACCUUCAUCAAUAGUCGUGAAAGCCCACUCGUACUAUACGUAUUUUCCACGAGCAAGGGGGUACAAGAUCUAAUUAUAGACCAGGUCAGCAGCGGAGCCGUGUGUGUCAACGACACGGUAUUGCAAUAUAGCGUUGAAACUCUACCCUUCGGAGGAGUAGGAAAUUCUGGUAUGGGAGCCUACCAUGGGAAAUUCACGUUUGAGACAUUUACACACAAGAAAGGUUGUUUGAUUCGGAAUUACAACAAAAUUGCGGAGAUGGUGGCUAAAUCUCGUUUUCCGCCAUAUUCCGAACAGAACUUGAAGUUGCUCAGACUUAUGAUCGAAAGAAGACGUGGUCUGCCCUUUUUGAAGUAUUUACCGUAUGUACUCAUAUUCGGUCUCGGGAUGCUCGCCACAGUCGGAAUCAAAGCUGCAAUGAAGGAUUUUAACACGGAGGAACGGUUGUAACACCGCCAAUAUUACGCAGCGCCCUUAAAUGCAACCGCAGAAUUAAUUUACACAGUUAUUACGAUUUUUUUUACGAUCAAUCUCUACAACAUGAUGAAGAAUAUAAGAAUUGAACAAUGUGUUUUACAUAUGGAUAUUAUAUUUAUAUAUUCUGUUAAAUAUAAAUAGAUGCUUUACCGCACAUAUGUAUAUAUAAAAUAUAUGUUCGAGUUUUCGUGGAGAGAUUAUUAUGUUAUGGUAUAUAGAAAAAAAUGGACAACUUUUUUGGUGGGGUAAGCUCGAAUAAGUUUUACAAUAAAUCUGUUGAUUAAA